AUGACAAACUUAGAAAACAUCUGCGGUAAAUUUAACUCUUCAAUAGAGAAUAUGAAACUUAUAGUAUGUAACGAACUUCAAAGUAUAGAUACAACAAAAGUUUUGAACUCAGAUGCUUUGAAGAGUCUUAUAACAGACAAAGUUGGAGUUGUUGAAAGAAAAUAUAAAGACCAAAGAGUUUGUGAAAAUGUUGCAAACUUCAUUAUGGUUUCAAACAAUGCUGUUCCGAUGAAGUUAGAAAGUUCUGACAGAAGAUAUGUAGUUGUCAGAACGUCAGAUUCUCAUAUGCAAGAUACAGAAUAUUUUGACGACUUAGCAGAAACUUUGACAUCUGACUUUUACAACCACUUGUUCUCAUACUUUAUGACAUUAGAUAUUUCUAAGUUCAAUCCAAGACAAAUUCCAUAUACCGAAGAAAGACAAACAUUGUUAGAAGCAAACAAGAGUGUAUAUGAACUGUUUAUAGAUGAGACUAACUUUGAGUGUUUAGAUGAAAGGUCAUUGUACGAUGAAUAUAAACAGUAUUGUCAAGAGUAUGGUUAUAUGACAGCGUCUAAACGAACAUUCUUGGCAAAUGUCAAAAAUCUUUUAGACGUACAGAACGGCGUAUAUACAAAGAAAAAUUUUUAUGAGUAA